UAGAGAUUACAUCACUUCCCUUCUUCACAAACACAGACAUCACAGCUCUGAAUAACAAUAAGAACACCUUUAAUUGUCUUGCAGUGGGGAAAUGACCACUAACGGAGCGACAAUGUCUUCAGUUCAGCAUCUGAAAGAGUUCAUCUCCCAGCGACUGACCGCUGCUGCUGUGGAAAUAUUCGGAGCUUUUGAACAAACCAUCGUCGAGUACGAAGAAGAGCUCGACCGUCAGCGCAGACUGUUGGACGCUGUGUUGAAACCUGAAAUCAAACUACAGAGGAUAGAGAUUCCAGAUGUGUGUGAGGAAGAUGAGAAAGUUCCCACUCACCUGCAGAUCUGUCAUUACGUGAAGAAAAUUAGUCAGGAUAAAGAUGAUCCAAAUCUUCUACAAAUAAAAGAGGAACAUGAGGAACCACACACCAGUGAGGAAGGAGAAACGCUUGUUCUGAAGCAGGAGACCGAUAAUGUGAUGAGUUCAGCAUACGAGGACAAUGCAGCAGAAGCAAACGGUGACAAUCUGCUCCUCUCUCACAGUUCUGUUGUCACCUUCAAUGUAGACAACUCUGCUAUGUUAGAGAGUCCCACAGAUAAAAAUACUUUUAUAUGUACCACUUGUAAUAGAACCUUUAAGGGUAAGAGUGCAUUACAGAACCAUGUGAAAACCCACACGAAGCAACAUCUCGUAUGUGACACUUGUGGAAAGAGAUUCCCUUAUUUAUCAGUGUUAAAAACACAUGAGAGGAUCCACACAGGUGAGAAGCCAUUCCUCUGCAAAACCUGCGGGAAACGAUUUAGACAAAAAUCAUCUUUAAAAGUUCAUCUGAGGAAUCACACAGGUGAGAAGCCAUUCCUCUGCAAAACCUGCGGGAAACAAUUUAGACUAAAAGCAAGCAUGAGAUCUCAUGUGAGGAUUCACACAGGUGAGAAGCCAUUCCUCUGCAAAACCUGUGGGAAACGAUUUACACAAAAAUCACAUAUAAGAGCUCAUCUAAGGAUUCACACAGGUGAGAAACCAUUCCUCUGCAAAACCUGCGGAAAACGAUUUACACAAAAAUCACAUAUAAGAUCUCAUCUGAGGAUUCAUACAGGUGAGAAACCAUUCCUCUGCAAAACAUGCGGGAAACGAUUUAUACAAAAAUCACAUUUGGGAUCUCAUAUGAGGAUUCACACCGGUGAGAGACUGUACCUGUGCGACGGUGGUAAAGCCUUGUUGAACCACAUGAGGUCUUGCACAGUUCUGUGUUCUGGGACUGUGCAAAAGCUCACAAACAGGACUUUUUUUAAUUGAAUAAUGAUGAAAUGACUAUUCAGAUGUAGUGUUGGAAAUAUACUUCAUUUUAAUCAUUUAAACAUUCUUUGCUGUGGCUGUGACCUUGGUCUGCUCUGCAAGAAAAGGGAGUAUCUGUGUGUGAAGUACUGAAGCAUCUUUAUCUGAUGUGCUUGGUGCUGCAAAUAUUUUUCCCAUGUAUUGUGUGACUAUGCACCGCCCCAGGGUGGAAACUAUCCAUAUAACUAAGCUGUACUCUCUUCUCUAUUUGAAUAAGACAAGGUUGCAUUUGCUGUAAACUGCAAGUAAAAAUCCUAAAAGGUC